CUGUUUUGCUUUCUUCUUUUUUGUUUUUGUUCUUUCUCUGUUAAUAAAACCCGCGCCCUAAUCUUCUCUCUCUUCCCACUCUCUUCACAAACAGUCGCAAAACCCACUUCUAUGGCCUCCCCUCAGCCUCCUGCAGAAACCGCCGCCAAUCUCACCGACGAACAACAAGCGCCAGCUGAUCUCGCUGAGUCGAAAUGCGAAGAAGCGGCCGAAACACCCGCGGAGGAAGCUCCGGUGACGGAGGCGCCGGCGGUGGAUGAAAAGGAUAGAGAAUUGGAGGAAAUUAAGGCCAAGUGGCCCGGCUGGCCGGGAUACUCGGUAUUCCGGCUAUUGGUGCCGGUGCUCAAGGUCGGCGGCAUUAUCGGGCGGAAGGGAGAUCUUAUCAAAAAGCUCGUUGAAGAAACCCGAGCUAGGGUUCGCGUGCUCGACGGCCCCAUUACUUCGCCGGAUCGCAUUGUAUUAAUAACUGGCAAGGAAGAACCUGAAGCAGAAGUAUCUCCUGCAAUUGAUGCCAUUUUAAGAAUUUUCAAGAGUGUUAAUGGUCUUCCUGAGAAUGAUGGUGAUAAAACCACCGCCGCUGCAUUUUGUUCGAUUCGACUAUUAGUAGCGUCAACACAGGCCAUUAGUUUAAUAGGAAAACAAGGAUCCCUGAUCAAAUCUAUUCAGGAAACAAGUGGUGCAUCUGUCCGUGUGCUUUCAAAUGAUGAGGUACCAACUUAUGCUGGUUCCCAGGAAAGGGUUGUUGAGUUGCAAGGGGAAGCUUUGAAGGUUCUUAAGGCGUUGGAAGCUGUCGUAGGGCACCUGAGAAAAUUUUUAGUGGAUCAAAGUGUUCUACCCUUAUUUGAGAAGAGUUAUAAUGCACCAGCCACUCAGGAAAGGCAAGUGGACGCUUGGUCUGACAAGACAUCCUUGCAUCAAACACCACAAACCUCACUAGGGGUUGAUUAUCCUGUCACGUUGAAAAGGGAAUCACUGUUUCUGGACCGUGAAAGCCAGAUUGAAUCUCAUAUUGCAUCCUCUAGACUGCCAUUGUAUGGACAGGAACAUGGACUUGUGAAUCGUUCUUCACUAAUAGGGCGUGCCGGGGGACCUGUUGUGACUCAGGUUGCGCAGACCAUGCAAAUACCUCUUGCGUAUGCAGAGGACAUUAUCGGUGUUCAGGGGGCGAAUAUUGAUUACAUUCGACGCAGUAGUGGUGCUAUUUUGACUGUACAAGAGAGUAGAGGUCUGCCUGAAGAGAUUACUGUGGAAAUAAAAGGCACCUCUCCACAAGUUCAAGCAGCUCAACAACUUAUACAGGAAUUCAUCAGUGGGCACAGAGAGCCAGCUCCCGGAAACUAUGCUAAUGUGGAGUCGGCGUACUCUCGGCUGGGAGGCGGGGGAAGCUCGUAUUUACCGUCAUCAUAUGCAGGACAAGGACAAGGCCAAGGACAGCCGUACGGUGGAUAUGGAUCGUCGGGGGCAGGGGGAUAUAGCAGCUUUAGGCUUUGAAUUGAUGGCUCAGGGUGUACCCACAUUUUCUUCCUUGCCUUUUACUUCUUCCAAUUUGAGCCGUAAAAAGAUUGUGGCCUAAUUUUACGGUAGUCAAGGAUAUAUAACUAUGUAACAAAGUAGAGAGGAUAAAAGGUUGUGGAUGUUUGUUAUCAAUUUCUAAAUACAAAAAAUGCUUAUUCGUUUA